CAGAGAGAGAGGAUGAUCGAAAUGCGUGGCUCUGUUCACGUGCGUAGGGGAAACUUACCGCGCAUGCGCAGUUUGCCUCAUGACGCGGCCACACACAGCUGAGGAGCUCAGAUUUUAGAUGAAAAAUGGCGGUGGAGAAGCGCCUGGCGUUGGCUGUUGUUCAGUUCCUGCGAGAUCAAACGCACUGUGGAGCUUUGAAUUCUGACGAACAGGAGAGCCUGGAGGUUGCCAUUCAGUGCUUGGAGACAACUUUCAAAAUUAGUUCCAGUGAUGGUCACCUUGCCGUCUCACAGCCGCUUAGAGAGAUUUUUCUCAACGCUCUGCUCAAGAACGGCAACAUCACCUCACCAGAAACGCCGCCAUCUCCGGAGGACAUCGAACGAGCAGAGCAGCUGAAGAACGAAGGGAACAAUCACAUGAAGGAGGAAAACUACAGGUGUGCGUUGGACUGCUACACACAGGCCAUUGAUCUGGACCUGAGAAACGCCGUGUAUUACUGCAACAGGGCUGCAGCUCACAGCAAACUGGGGAACUACACUGAAGCCACAAGCGACUGUGAAAGAGCCAUCGGCAUCGACCCCACCUACAGCAAAGCGUACGGCAGGAUGGGUUUGGCUUUGACAGCUAUGAACAAGUAUCCUGAAGCAAUCUCCUACUUUAAGAAAGCCUUAGUGUUGGACCCUGAUAACGACACCUACAAGUCCAACCUGAAGAUAGCGGAGCAGAAACAGAGGGAAGCGUCCAGCCCGAUAGCGGCUGGACUGGGGUUCGACAUGGCCAGUUUGAUCAACAACCCGGCCUUCAUCAGCAUGGCGGCGAGCGUGAUGCAGAACCAACAGGUGCAACAACUCAUGUCAGGAAUGAUGUCCAACGCGGUCGGGGGUCCUGGUGCCGGAGUGGGGGGAAUGUCGGACAUUUCCAGCUUGAUUGAGGCGGGACAACAGUUUGCCCAGCAGAUCCAGCAGCAGAACCCGGAGCUGAUCGAGCAGCUGAGGAACCACAUCAGGAGCCGCUCCUUUAGCGGCAGCGCUGAGGAGCACUCAUGAUCCAUGCAGUCCCAACUUUCCUUCUUCCUAAAAGAGCAACCAUGCGGCGCCAAAAUUAAUCUCAACACCCAUUUCUUUAAGUCAAAUCCCCGGCUUAGCUGGAACGAAGAGACGAGGAACGGGUUGAAGGAACUUUGACUGAAGGCUCUCAAGAGAAGGCUGGAGAGCCUGGUGACGGAAGAAAGAGCCUAGAACUCAUCAGCCCACUGACAGAACCCAGCGAGAUCCCUUCACGUGUUUGACAUGUGCCGAAGCUGCCGCCCUCUUCACUCUUCAUGACCAAGAGGCGUUUCUCACACAAAUUCUGCUCAAUUCCGGUUGGUUUGUGACAUUUAUGUCAUUUUUGUAGACAGAACUGUAAUUUAACGCAAAACCAUCCCUGAACUGGUGGGACUUGUUGCUUCACAUUGCGCAUCACUUUGAAUCCAGGCGACUGCCGACGUGUAUUGCAGUAUUUGCAGCCUGUUGUUCUGUUGUUUUUAGCACUUUAGCAAGAAAAGACCUGCUGUCCCCUUUGAGCCAAUCUAUUCAGUUAUCCGGUUUGUUUGCAUGCUCUUUAAUCUGGUGUUUGGGAUCAGAUGGAUAAAGGUGUGCCGAGGCUGGAUCGGGUUGAUUGAAGACGCACAAAUAAACGUUUUCAAAACGAA